CGCAGGAAGGGAGCGCUUCCGGGUGCUGCUGGCUGAGGGGAAGCGGCGGCGGCCGGGGGGAAAGCUGCACUCGGGCCAGGGCCGAGCUCCCUCCGGCGGGCCCGCCAUGUGAGGAGACCCCGACGCCCCUCAGGUGAUCUACUUUAGGACCUCCUCUUCAAUCCGGAGCCAACUGGGUGUAGUGGUGGAGGCACCUGGCUAGAAACCAAGAGAUGGUUACAUUUCGGGCCAGGCGACAUGGACAGCAGCAGCUUCAUCCAGUUCGACGUUCCUGAAUACAGCAGCAGCGUCCUGAGCCAGCUGAAUGAACUCCGCCUGCAGGGCAAGCUUUGCGACAUCAUUGUGCACAUCCAGGGGCAGCCAUUCCGUGCUCACAAAGCUGUUUUAGCCGCCAGCUCUCCCUACUUUCGCGACCAUUCGGCGUUAAACACCAUGAGUGGCCUGUCCAUCUCCGUCAUCAAAAACCCCAGUGUCUUCGAGCAGCUGCUUUCCUUUUGCUACACUGGACAGAUGUCUCUGCAGCUGAAGGACGUGGUCAGUUUUCUGACGGCCGCCAGCUUCCUCCAGAUGCAGUGCGUCAUCGACAAAUGCACCCAGAUCCUCGAAAGCAUCCAUUCAAAAAUCAGCGUCGGAGAAGUCGACUCGGUCACGAUUGGGGCCGAAGAUCCUCUGGAGAACCACAACGGCCUGAAGGAGAGUAGCUAUUUCGCCAACCCCGUGGAGAUUUCUCCUCCCUACUGCCCACAGGGGCAUCCGCCGGCUUCAGGGAAUGACCUCCGGAUGGAAACGGCGCCGACUGGCACUCUCCGCAGCCGCCUGCAAGAAGAAGGCCACUCGGACCGGGGGAGCAGCGGGAGCGUUUCGGAGUACGAGAUUCAAGUCGAAGGGGAUCACGACCCGGUGGAGCUGAUCGUUCGAGAGAGCCAGGCGGCCGAGGUGAAAGUCAAAAUGGAAAAAUCCGACCGUCCGAGCUGCUCGGACAGCUCCUCGCUUGGCGACGACGGCUACCACACGGAAAUGGUCGACGGAGAACAAGUGGUGGCAGUGAACGUCGGGUCCUACGGCUCCGUCUUGCAAAAUGCUUUCUCAUACUCCCAGGGAUCCUCGCAGCCUGCUCCCGUCUCUGAAUCCUUCGGAAGCCUGAGGAGCUCGGGCAGCUCCAGGUCGAUGCUCGGCUCCUACCGAGGCCGCGGGCGACAGAAACGGGUCUCCACCAGCCACUUGCACAGCGAUGUUUCCGGCCUCGUGUCGGGAGCCGACGGCGAGCCCUCAGCCCACCCGCCAGGCUACGAGAGCGGCCCCCGGGAGAGGAAUUCCCGAGGCCACUGGUACGCCUACAGCGAGCGGCUGAUCUGCAUCUACUGCGGGAAGUCUUUCAACCAGAAGGGCAGCCUCGACCGGCACAUGAGGCUGCACAUGGGCAUCACCCCCUUCGUGUGCAAGUAUUGCGGGAAGAAAUACACCCGCAAGGAUCAGCUCGAGUACCACAUCCGGGGCCACACCGACGACAAGCCCUUCCGUUGCGAAGUCUGCGGGAAGUGUUUUCCUUUCCAAGGAACCUUGAACCAGCACUUGCGGAAGAACCAUCCAGGCGUGGCCGAAAUCCGUAGCCGGGUGGAGUCGCCCGACCGAACAGAAGUCUACAUGGAACAGAGAGACGACGAGGCUUCCGCCACCGAGACUCUGGAUUAUACCAUGGAUGUGCACACCCCCGAUUAAAAAAAAAAAAAAAAUGAUGCUGUUUCUCCAGGCAACUCAAAGAAAGCACACGGAUCAAUGCAUUUCCUUCUUUGAUCAGUUUCACGAGAGUUAUCAUUAUUGCGAUUUUUUUUUUUCUCCCCUCCUAAAUUUUAGCCGUUCUCACGGGUGUGGUUCUGGAAUAAAAGGCUGCUGUUUUGUUUGCAAAGAGGCAGGGUGAGCUUUACUGCUGCUUGCUGAGGGUGGGCUGAGCCUUGUUAGCUAAAGAUGUGAUGACAACAUGGAUAGUGCUGGCCGAUACACUGGCCGACACCUCCUGUUGUGUUUUGGGCAGCCCAGGAGCAGGCAGGCCCCCUCAGUUGUGAGUCUUGUUGCAUUCAAUAGGACUUGUUUCAAUUUGAUCAAGGCGGCAGAGCUCAAAAGCUACAAAAAAGCCUAGAUAUGCCUCUCAAGUCUGCUCGUUUUAUUGUGUCAUAUGGCAACCUGUGUUCAAGAAGCGUUUUGGUUUCUUUUCUUUGUGGAAUAACUAUUUCGAAAGCU